AUGGAUGUGAAGAAAAUAGUAGUGGUUGUAGAAGAUGUAGAUGCAGCUAGAACAGCUCUUGAAUGGGCUCUAUUAAACAUCAUUAGAUACGGUGACAUAAUCACACUUCUUCAUGUUUAUAAUUCCAAUUCUAACACAAGAUCAAAAACUAGAAGUAGAAGCAGAGCUCGUCUUCUUCGUCUCAACGGUUUUCGAUUAGCACUUUCGUUUCAAGAUAUCUGCAACAAUUAUCCAAAUACAAAGGUUGAGAUUAUAGUGACAGAAGGGGACCAAGAAGGAACAAAGAUUGCUGCUACUGUUAGAGAGAUUGGUGCUUCUAUGCUUGUUCUUGGACUCCAUGAUCAUAGUUUUCUUUACAAAUUUACAAUGGGUCAUUCCCCCAACAAUUUCAACUGCAGAGUACUUGCCAUUAAACAGCCUCAUCAUGAUAUUUCAUCAUCAGUAGCUGUAUUAGACAGUUCAACCAACUUUGACUUUUCUCAUAUUGACAUUUCUAGAUUACAAGUCCCUCAUAUCCCUUCACCAAAAAUUCCAUACAGAAUAUGUCCAAACCCAUCUGCCAUUAUUUGGAGAUCAAGAAGAACAAGGAGAAGCUGA